UUCUUCUUUUUCUUUUUUUUUUUUCUCUUUACUUUGUUUGUUUAUAAUCAUAUACCAUGCCAGGCAAGGCACUUAAUCUGACAACUGAUGAUUUGGAUACAGAUGAAGCUGUUAAUGUGGCACCCGACGUCGUUGAAAAUACCAUGAACGAAGGGCUUGAUCAGGCCUACUUGGCAAAUUAUAUUGAUGUGGAAUUUUUGAAUAUGACUCCUGAUAUAUUGGCUCUGACGGCUGACCAACUGGAACUAGAACGAAAGGAAAAACUGGAUAGAGAUGAACUCGAGUUGGAAUUACAAGGAAAUGAAGAAGAAAACACCAAUGUGAUCCUCUCUCCCAGAGAAUAUCAAUAUGAACUCUACAACCGAGCUAUAAACGAAAAUGUUAUCGCUGUGUUACAUACGGGUAGUGGAAAGACUUUGAUUGCUGUCAUGUUAAUCAAAUAUAUGGCUUUACAGGAAAAGCAUGACCGUUUGACUCGACGAAAGACAAAAUUGACAUUCUUUUUGGUGGAUCGUGUACCUUUGGUAUUUCAACAAGCAGCUGUUAUCAGUGCCAACUGUGAUGUUGAGGUUGAUAAAAUGUGUGGACAAAUGGAUGUGGACAAUUGGUCUGAAAAGAAGUGGAAGACUAUAUUUGAAGAAAAAGAUGUAUGUGUGAUGACGGCUCAAAUCUUUUUGGAUACUCUUCGACAUGGAUAUGUUCAUAUGGAUAAGGUGAAUCUAUUGAUUUUUGAUGAAUGUCAUCAUGGAACCAAAAAACAUCCUUACAACGUGAUUAUGCGUGAAUUUUAUGAUACAUGUCCAGAAAAUGAACGUCCUCGCAUUUUUGGUAUGACAGCUUCUCCCAUGAACUCAGAAUCAGGCGUACAAUACAGUGCAACUCAAUUGGAAAAAAAUCUUUGUAGUCGAAUUUAUACAGCAACCAACCUUGAUACUCUGGCGACUUUUCUCAAUCCACCUAAAGAAGUACAAGUUGAAUACGCUGGCUCACCUUCCUAUCCUGAAACUCCUUUGACAUUGGCUAUUCGAGAUAAACUGGGAUAUAUUGAACGAUAUGACCACUGUUUUAGGCGUGUAACUCAUACUUUACAUGAUUUGGGACCAUGGUGUUCUGACAGAUUAUGGAAAUAUUUAUUGACGGAUUUGGAAAGAAGACUCAAGGUACAAUCUCAGGACAUGGAUGCCGAGAGUCUAUUGGCCGAAGAUAAAGCCUUACAAGAAUGUGCUGAUAUGGUAGACAACAACUCUGUACCUGAACGUCCUCCCUUCACAAUCCAAUGGUUUAGUCCCAAGAUGAUUCGACUCUUUGAGAUCUUGCUUAUCUAUCGGCAAUGGGCUUUCAAUCAAGAAUUUUGUGGCAUCAUCUUUGUGACAACUCGGCAUACGGCCAAAGCAAUCCAGUUGGCUAUUGAAUCGCAUCCCGAUCUUGAACCUUUCAAAUGUGGUGUACUCAUUGGACAUGGUGGACGUGAAGAAGGUGAUAUACACAUGGGAUUCCGAGAUCAAAAUCGCAUCAUUACUCAAUUCAGAAAGGGGAAACUCAACUUACUCAUUGCCACCAAUGUAGCUGAAGAAGGUUUAGAUAUACAACCAUGCAACGUAGUGAUCAGAUUUGACUUUAUGAGUUCUCCUAUCGGGUAUAUUCAAUCUCGUGGUCGGGCAAGAAAGAAAGGCUCCAGGUUUAUCAUCAUGAUGGAAACAAAGGACGGAACACUGAUCAGAAAACUGGAUGAUUAUCGUCGUAUGGAAGAUGGUAUGCGUGAAUUCUGUCAAACAUUACCGGCAAAUAGAAAUGUAGCUCUCAAAUUUGCAAAUAACGAUGUAUAUGAUCGACCUUAUGAUCCAGAGGAAGAUGAUGAUGAAGAAUAUAUGGAAGAUGCUUAUAUGGUGAAAGAAACUCAAGCUAUGGUAACGAAACAAUCUGCUGUGCCUCUACUAUACCGUUAUUGUGGCUCCUUACCUUCUGACAGGUUUACUGCUUUGACACCCAGCUUUGAAAUCAUCUCAUCCACUGCUGAAGGUCAUGUUUGUACUGUACGAUUACCUUCCAAUGCGGCAGUGCGCCAAGUGACGUCCAAAGCAUGUCGAACUAAGAUACAAGCAAAAAAAGUGGCAGCGGUCAAUUGUUGCAAGGAACUCCAUCUCAAAAAGGCUCUUACUGAUCAUCUACUUCCAAUCAAUUACAAACACGAAAUGUUGGGCAAUAUGGAGGUGGUAUUAGAUGAAAAUGGGAUGGUGGUGGGUAGUCGUCGACGUCGGGCAAUCUACGAAAAACGUAUUCCUCGCUUUUGGAAUCGACCUUCUGAUCAAGUGGUAGAAGAAGAAACAAAUGUGGAUCAAGAAACGGAAAUUGAUUUGAUUGCAGCAAGAGUUACAGCAUCAACGGCUUUGGUGGAAAAUACAAUGAUAGCCAGCAAUACAAUCGACUCGGUACGGAUACCAAAUAUGGAUAUAAUUGAUAAAGUGAAUGACAACAAUGGUACUGCAUCACCAGCAACAUCGGAGGUAACCGGAUCACCCCCAAUUUCAACAGCAACAACAAUAACACCAACAACAGAAGUUGAUCAAAUACCUGAAAAAAUUCCUUUGGAUGAUAUGGAUGGUCCUUUUCAACUGUGGCUAUCGGUAAUCAAGUUUGACAUUCCACAAGGAGAAUUAGAUGGUGUUUCUCUUCGACGUCUUUGUCUUAUGACUUGGCAACAAUUUCCUGCGAUACCCGAAUUGAAACUAUUUGCUCGUGGAGAUCCUUUUACGGUACAAGUCCAAUCUUUUACAAGCCCUAUUUCAGUGACUAAGGAUGACAUCAUGGUACUCAAGGAAUUCAAUCUUAUUAUGGCUUCAGCAAUUACCAACAGAGACUUCUCAUGUACACUUGAUGAUUUUCCUUACUUUUUUGUGCCAUUGAUAAUCAAUGAUACAGCUAAGAUAUCCUCAGAAUCUAUCUAUGAUCUAUUUGAUUGGGAAGAAAUGCGGUAUGCUAUUGGAAAAACAUUUACACCCUUGGACUUGGAAAAUCAACAAACUUUGGAGAAUGCCAUCUUGGUGGAUUAUGCCGAUAAAAACCGACGUUACUUUGUGAACCGUGUAUGCAACGAAAUGACGCCUCUAUCACCUUUGACUUCGCUCCCAGAAGCCGUUCGUGAAAUUGGAUUCGAUCAUUUGGGUCAAUACUAUGAAGAAAAAUUCAAGGUGACAGUGACUAAGUGGGAUCAACCUUUGAUUCAUGUACGUAAGAUAUCCAAGGUGAUGAACUAUCUUUCCCCUAUGAUCAUGGUGGAACCCCAACUACGCAAAUCGACGGCUUCUUACCUGAUUCCUGAAUUCUGUCAAAAGUACUAUGUCAAUGCUAGUGUAUUCCAAUCUUGGAUGAUAAUCCCUUCUAUAACGACUCGUUUGGACGCCAUUCUCUCUGCGCAAGAAGCUAGACAAAGAUACCAACUCUGGAUUGAUGAUGAUUAUAUGUUGGAAGCCUAUACAACGCCAUCAGCCAAUAUGGAAAUGGAUUAUGAACGUUUAGAAACUUUGGGUGAUUCAUUUUUGAAAUUUGUGGCUACCAUUCGAUUAUAUACCAAUUUUCCAUUUUCUGAUGAAGGAGAACUCCAUUGCUUACGUAUUCGAGUGGUUUGUAACAGAGCUUUGUAUCGUGCAGCCAAACGACUCAAGAUCUUCCGAUAUGUCAGCAGUCAUACAUUCAAUCGAAAACACUGGCGACCUCAUCGAUUUAUUGCAGCAACUGAUACUGAAGAUACAUUGAAAGAUGCAAAAAGUCAUAUGCUAUCGGACAAGACAUUGGCAGAUAUUGUGGAAGCUUCUUUAGGUGCAGCUUAUAUUAGUGGUGGAUUGGAAUCAGGAUUACGAUGUGCAAUUGCAAUGCAAAUUCCAUUUGAUGAUAUUCAAACAUGGUCUGACUUCUGGCCUACAUAUCUCGCUUCUCGUGAAAAGUUACCUCCUCGUGCAGAAAUCGCAGCUUUACGAACGGUAGAUCUUCUCAAGGUACAGGAAGUGUGUCAAUAUGAAUUCAAGAAUCCUUUGCUAGUGGUAGAGGCUUUGACACAUGCCAGUCUUCCCAACUCUACGGCGCCGUGUUAUCAACGAUUGGAAUUCUUGGGUGAUGCUGUUUUGGAUUUCUUGGUGAUUCGCUACUUAUACAACAAAUACCCUGAAGCGGAUCCUGGCUUGAUUACUGAUCUGAAGGAUGCUUGUGUUAACAAUCAUGUACUAGGGAUUGUCUGUUUUGAAAACUUACUUCACCGGCAUAUUAUUCACUAUUCUGGCAUCUUGCUUCGAGCGAUUGAAGAAUCCUUGAAAGAAAUCACUGAAAUCAAAGAAUCUGGGAACGAUGUAGGUGAAUACUGGUUAUCUUUGAAUAUUCCAAAGGUAUUGUCUGAUGUGGUGGAAAGUAUGUUGGGUGCUGUCUUUGUGGAUAGUCAAUUUGAUUUGGAUCCUGUUCAAAAACUCUUCGAAGUUUGGUUAGUGCCAUUACUGGAUAUUCAUGUUACACCUGCAUUAAUUCAAGUCCAUCCUGUCAAUCGAAUGAUCACGAAACUACAACGCUUGGGAUGUGAUGCAUUUUUGCUUCGAAAUGUUACUACCUCUUCAGCGGAUAAUGCAAUACAAAAAUGUGUCAUCUUUUUACAUGAUAAACCUUUCGCAACUGGGGCCUCUGAAAAUAUCAAGGUGGCAAGACGACAAGCAGCUGAACGAGCAUUACAACGAUUGGAAGAUGAACCAGAUAUUUUGGACCGUGUAUGUAAUUGUGGUAUCAUUCGACAACGUAAAGAACAAAAUAUGGCCCUUGAAGAAGAAGAUCAUUAUUUUUAGUGCGGAUAGUUAGUAUGUUUAAUUUUUUUAUUGUUACCCUUGAACAUUGUUAUCCCAUCCUAUCUCCUUAUUUGUAUAUACACUCUCACACGCAAGGAUAUAGAUCAUUUUACACAAUAAAAGAACAAUGACAGUUUAUUAUCAAUAUA